AUGCAGCGAGUUGAUUGGACAGGAACAGACAGGUAUGUUCAGACGCUGUUCAUGAAACAGCACGCAGUGGUCAACUUGGGGCAGACAGCUUUCUUGUCUUCAGAUGCGAUGCAAGGGUCGAUGGUCUUGAACGUCACGAGUGCAAGUUUGUUCCGAGGGUCGAGAGACUUCGUUUCAAGUUGCAACGCCUCUUGCUCUGUCCCGAGUCUGCACGUGCUGUCAAGGGGAAAGCACUUUGUGUACUCGGUGAAGUCGUUUGACAACUCGACGCGGGUAGUCGAGCUUGUUGAGCAGAUCAGAGAGGAUGUGUACCAAGGAGAUGAAGUUUAUGUUGUUGCUACACAAUCAUCGUCCACAACCAAGAGAUUCAUCGGAUGUGACGAUGAGUUCAGUGUCAAGGUGUACUCUGUUCAAGAGCUCCUCGUGGUAGGCAGCGGAAACCCGUACAACCCGCGUGACAGGAGUCAAGGAACUUUCCAGGAGCCGGCGGCGAACGUUGACAAGCUCAACUUACAGGCUUCGCUCUUCUUCAACCCCCUGAGCAAGCAGCAGGAGAGGCCGCUCUGCCCAGACAUCGUCUCCCCCGUAGCCCCCAAGCCCUCGAAGCAGUACGACAUGAACGACUGGGAUCAGUGGACCAUAUUCAGACAGGCCAACGUCAGCUCAUGUGCGGAGACGACAGACCUGACGAAAGUUUGUGCGAUGGUGAUAGAAGACUACCUCACAGCUCGACAGUCUUGCUCGACUCUGAUGCCUCCGACGUCCAUCUCUUCGUUCAAGUACAACUUCCCUGUGAACAACAAGUGGAUCACGAAGUUCCCUCUCAACGACAGGAAUGUUUUGAACGACCCAGGUUGA